AUGAAAACAUCAGCUGCCGCGAUUGCCGCAGCCAUAGCGCUUUGCGCUGCUCCAGCGCUGGCCAAAGAGACGCGCGAAGUUUGUGAGCAGGUGCCGUAUCAGGCCGCUUCGACCUGCUACCGCAAUAUCACUGUAAAGGAGGCUUACCCCUGCGACAAAACCGAAACACGCGAGGUCUGCAAGAAUGUGGCUAUGCAGGUGCCCGAUACCUGCUAUAGAACUGUUAACACCAAGGAGGCGUACCCCUGUCCUCAGACUCAGAUGAAGACCGAGUGCUAUGACGUGCCAAAGACCUGCCAGCGCACUGAGAUGACCGUGCAGCCCUACUCGUGCGGCAAGGAGCACUGCAAAAUGGUUCCGCGUGAGGUCCCUUCCACUUGUUUCCGCCAGGUGCCUCAACAGCAGCCAUAUCCUUGCCAGAAGACCCGCCAGGAGAAGAUGUGCCAGCAGGUUCCUUAUCAGGUUGCUAAGACUUGCUACAAGGAGCAAAUGACUCAGGAAACCUACAGCUGCCCUCGCACCGAGUACAGGCAGCAGUGCAGAAACGUCGCGCACAACGUUAUGGACGCGUGCCAGAAGACGGUCAUGGUGGCCGAGCAGUACAAGUGCACCAAGACCGAGUACCAGCAACAGUGCGAGCAGGUACCUUAUGAGGUCCCCGAAACUUGCUACCAAACCGUCGAGACGAAGAAGGCAUACAAGUGCAAGAAGACUGAGUUCCGUCAGCAGUGCCGCAAGGUGCCAUACGAAGCUCCUCACACUUGCAUGAAGACCGUCAUGGUCAAGGAGGCGUAUGACUGCCCCAAGACCGAGUACAAGACAGAGUGCAUUACAGAGGCCCCCCAGAUGAUGGAGGCUCCCCCCAUGUGCAAGGGCAAGCACUGCAAGAUGAGGCGCCUCAAGUCCGCCCCCACCUGCCGCACUGUUCCCAUGCAGGUGAACAAGACCUGCUACAGAGACGUGCCCCAACAGGAGUCUUACGCAUGCACCAAGACUCAGUAUCAGGACGAGUGCCAACAGGUGCCCUACGAGGUCCCCGACACCUGCUACCAGUCGGUACCCAUGCAGAAGCCCUACUCUUGCAGCAAGACUCAGUACAGGCAGCAGUGCAAGAACGUGCCCAUGGAAGUGCCGGCUACCUGCACGCGCCAGGUGCCACAGCAGCAAACCUACUCCUGUCCUAAGGUCCAGAUGAAGCAGGAGUGCGAGCAGGUGCCUUACACCGUGAACGAUACCUGCACUCGCCCCAAGGCCAUCCAGGUGCCAUACAGCUGCCCCGAAACGCAGUACAAGGAGCAGUGCCACAUGCAGGCCGUGCCCUACACCGACACAUGCAUGCGCACCGUCUCUGUCAAGGAGGAGUACCCGUGCAGCAAGACGGUCCAGGAGAGGGAAUGCCAGUUCGUUGAGAAGACGUGCACGAAGAACGUGCCGGUCCAGGUUCCCUACUCCUGCCCCAGGAAGGAGUGCAAGCAGGUGCCAUACACAGUCGACAAGACAUGCUACAGAGAUGUGCCUCAGCAAGAGCCCUACGAGUGCGCCAAGGUCCAGAUGCAGCAGCAGUGCGAGCAGAAACCAUACACGGUCCCCAAGACCUGCUAUAACGACGUUGUGAAGCAGCAACCCUACGCAUGCUCCGAGACCAAGUACACCACGAAGUGCAGCACUGUCCAAGUUGCUUCCCCCCCUCCCGUCAUUCGCCAGUCAAAGGAGGCCCCCCCGCCAGCUCCCAUGAUGAUGUCUAAGGAGGCGCCGGCUCCCAUGGCCACCUUGUCCAAGGAAGCCCCCGCAGCACCCAUGAUGAUGUCCAAGCACUAG